AUAAAUGGAGCGCAUUUUGCGCGCUAACCGAACACUGUUAACAUUAUCAUUUUGGUUAAUCUGUGAAUCACAAUAUAAAGAGACGAAGAAAAAAAAAACAACCUAAGCAUGGAAAAAAUGAAAAAGUUUUCGGAAGAUUGGCAAAUCAGCAAACAAUCGAUUUGCGAACGAGGUAAAUAUCUGCUGGAAAAUCCGGUCUGGUCGGAUUGCAAAUUUUUGGUCGGUAUCGAAGAGCCGUACGUUAAAGAAUUCGAGGCACACAAGUUAUUCCUAUCAAUUUCCAGUCCAGUAUUUGCAACCAUGUUCUAUGGCGGAUUACCUGAAAUUCAAUCUCAUAUAAGAAUCGUGGAUGUGCAACCGGAAGCGUUCAAAUCUAUGCUAGAAUACAUAUACACAGACGCAAUAAAUCUAGAAUCCCUUGACCAAGCUUGCGAACUUUGUUACGUGGCUAAAAAGUACAUGCUACCUCAUUUACUCGAACACUGUAUUCAAUUCAUUUGGAAAGAUGUGGACAACGAUACUGCUCUCAAAGCUUACGAAUUCGCAAAACUAUUCGACGAUCCGAUGAACUCCAGCAAAGCUAUGAAAAUUAUCUGUGAACAAACUACUGACAUUCUUUCAAAAGCUGGUGCUCUAAAUAUGAAUUUAGCAACCCUUAUAGACAUAUUGGACCAAGAAGAACUGAACAUUUCUUCAGAAUUGUACCUAUUCAACGUACUACAGUCUUGGGUUAUGUUCAAUAUAAACAAAAAUGACGAUGACGAUAAAUACGACGAAGAAAAGCUAAAAUCGUUAGCCAAACCCGGUUUACAGAGGAUACGGUUCUUAGCCAUGGAUAUAUCAGAUUUCGCCGACGGUCCAGCCGAAUCUCCGCUCUUGACCAAGGAUGAAUCGUACGCAAUAUUUAAAAAACUCUCAUCGUUUCAUAAUAAACAUCCAUUACCCGAAGGAUUCUCAACCGUACGUACUCCUCGAAUCAAUCCAUCGAAAAAAGUCGUCAAUUUACAAAACAAGUUGUACGUUCAACGUGAAAUCAAAACUCCAGUAUUGCAAAUGAAUAAUAGUACCUUGAAAGAUUCGUUGCAUUUCAUCGCCAACGAAGAUAUCACUUUAUUAGGAGUUCAGAUACCAACUCAAAUCAGAUACGUAACAAUGAACACAUCUUCAGACGACAGCUCGUUAUACGUGUACCAUUCGACGUAUUCUUCAAACGCAGGCACAUCUCAAGAUACAUCCCGAGAUAAGUUCAAGUAUCGCGAAUUAUUAAUUAUGCACGUUAAAGAAAUACGAAAUUCGGAAAAUAGCUGGUUUACACAUUUCACCUCGUUAGUCGAACAUAAUUCGGUAAUGAAUGUAAUGUUUACAACUCCGGCUGUAAUAAAACGCGGUUACGAAUACGAAUUAGGUGUCUCUCUCAACAAAGAAGGAUACUAUAUGAUCGGCUCGUUUGAUCAUGCUGUCGAAAAAUAUGCCGAUAACGUUCAGUUUAUAGUGAGUGGAAAUUCAAAUUCAGCUUUUGUUACUUCUUUGAUAUUCACUCAUUGAGAAUAUCACUUAAUAUUAUGUAAGAUUAUAGUCAAAUAAACAGUAAUCACAA